AAACAAUCAGCAAAAUAUAAACACCGAAGAGUUACUUUUUAGUGAUAUGAAAUUAUCAGAGAAAAACAUAGUAUUUGUAUUGGAUGAAGUACAUGAUUUAAUAGAUUUAUGCCGGGGUUAUUCUUUUCAUCGAAGUACUGCAAACAACUUAUCAGGAGAAGAAAGCUUAAAGUUUUGGUAUGAAGAACAGUCAAACAAAAUGCCACACCCUGACAAAAAGCACUGCACUGAUUUAUUUUAUCAGUUAAGGCAUAUAAUGCUAAUUAGUUUGAGUAAUCAAAAUCUUUUUGGGUUUGUUAUGUGCUCAACUGAGUAUCGUACAUGGGAACAUUUUGAAGUUGAAAAUUCUCCAUUUUCACGAGAAAAGAAUGUACUACAAUAAUUUGUUUGGGGACGACAUUAUGCUUGAGAAUUGAUAAAGUUAUUCAAGUUUAAAUAUUUCAAUUUUGCUUAAAUACAAGUAAAUUAAAAUAAUUCUUUCAUCCCCACAUAGAAAUAGAUUCUACAAGUACUUAUUUAUUAGGAGAAUAAGUUUUGUAUUUUUUUUUUUUUUUUUUUUGAUGUUUAAUAGGGUGGGUUUUUUAUUUUCUAAGUAGAGUUUUUUUAAAUUUCCCCCGUCUUUAGAUAUUUUUGAGUGCAAUCAAAACUUGAUAAGGUAAAUUUGCCGUUUCUUUUUAAUGUCCAAAGAUUUUUUGCACACAUUGAAUUUAAUUUCUUAUAUAGCUGAAAUUUUAUUAGAAAUUUUUACU